AGGUCUUGGUUUACGUCACUCCUCUGUACACAGAGGUGGUAGGCAGCAGUUCUCGCUGUAGUUUGUGUCGGGAGACGCAGAAAUGUUUUCAUAACGCUCUUUUUGCGCGAUCUCACAGAGGUGCUGGUGAAUAAAACAUACUUGAAUCGUGUUGUAAAGUCGGAAUAAAUCCUAACAGGAGUGUUCAGGGGGGAUGCACAGAUGAGAUCAACCUAACUGCAAUUAAAUGGACUAAAACUAGGAAGAACUGACAUACGCAAUACAACCGAGAGGAGUCGUAAAGAUUGGACGUAACAGUUAGCCUACUUGAGCAGGCAAACACGCGUCGCAGGUCUCGAAAUCAACGCUUGUCCGCUUAUCAGGUGUUGCCAGAUCCAUGCGGCUUCUGUUCUACGACUUUAUUGAGAAGAUGAAGAAAUAACUGGAAAAUAUAGAGCUCAGCAGCUUUUAAUUCUCUUCAUUUCACCUGGGUGCAUCCUUGCACUUUGCCAUCCGGAUGGAUUCCUAUCAUUUCCACUUUGAGAGAAUGAGUAAUCUUGAUUUGCACCCUCUAAGUCUUCCAGUCAGUCGACUUUCACCUGCAAAGUCCAGUAGCAGUAUUGAUCAGUAUACCCAUCACCACAGCAAAGGAGACUCUGCCUAUAGCUCAUUCUCUGGCGGAUCCACAGUUCCUGAUUACCCCUCACCCUUUUUACUGGAUGAUCUACAGUCACACAGCUUGCAAUACACUGAUUUGAAAUAUGCAAAAGCUAAAUAUAGCCCAACCUUUCUUGACUCCAAUUCAAAGAGCAUGGACCACAUUUACCGUUCUAUGGAAGCCAUCGAGCAACAAAGACCAACAGUUCCUACACAUCUUGAAUUACCCCCACCACCUCCUGCCCGUCUGGAAAGCUUAGUAACAACAAAGAACCUAAAGAACUCAAGGGCACGUCAGAGUCCUCAAGGACACCUUGCUGACACUUCUGUUUCUCAGCAGACCAGAAAAGUGGAGGUCUGUGGUGUCCAGGCUGAGCCUGUUUGUGGUUAUGUGUUUUCACAGCAUUUCCAGAGAGAUCAGCCCAACCAAGGCCUUACAGACAAGAUGGUUGAGCCACAAGAACCUUCUUGCGUUUCAAACAGGUUGCCCCUGCAAACCUUUCAGCCAGAGCAUGUGCAACAGUCAAGAAGUGAUCAUUCUGAAACUCAGCGGAGGAGGUCACAUUCAGCUUAUGUUCGUCCUGUUUCUGAGCAGAAAUGCUAUGUCAACUCCUGCCAUAUGCCACAGAAAUCAACCAGUGGGAGUGUCCACAAUAAAGGGCAGUUCUAUUUUGUUACAGGUGUCUUAAAGUCCUCUGAAUCUAGUGUCAAGCAAGAUGUUGGGGAUUGUGCAAGCAUAGAAGCCCCCAGUGAAUGGUCAUAUAUAGCUCAACGUAGAAGACAAAGCUGUCCGGAUGGUCCGAGUGGUAAACUGUUUUUCCAGGAGGAACUCAAAUUCAACAAUCAGAAUGACUUUGUGGAUCCUAAUAACAAGGCAAUUGGCCCACCUUAUCAGUCAGAACAGACCUCUCAAGGCAUAGAGGACCAAAGGAUCACAUGUAAAGAAACUGAAAGACAUCACUCUUCUAGCCACCCUAUCUUCUACUGUGGUCCUGAGGACAGUGCCGUUGGUAAAAUUAUGGUACCAGCUUUGAUUAAAGAAGACCAUCCUGGUAACCCCAAGAAAGAUGAACAGAUGGCAAGAAUUUUGCCCCAGUUGGAUGUUCAAAAUGACAAGAUCAGCAAGGAGACCACCCCACUUUUAUACCACCUCACAGGGGCCAAUAGGGCAUCAUUUAUAAGCAAGCUCAAAAACAAAAAUGAAGCUGAAAUGGGGAUUGAAGUUCCAGACUGUGGUAAAGAUAAGCAGAAGGCAGGAAAUGAUGGACAAAUAUCUCCUAGCAGUGAACAUCAGCAGAGUACAAUAUCUAUAGAACAACAACCUGAUUUUCCCUACAUCUGUGGUACCUUAGACAACUCUUAUAAAAAGUAUUACAAAGAGAAACUAAAAGAUGCCCAGUCCAAGGUUUUGAGGGAGACUUCUUUUAAAAGGAGAGAUUUGCAACUCUCUUUGCCACUCAGGAUCAAGCAACAGACAGGCAAAAGGCUUUCUGUUUUACCUGCUGGUCCUCUAUCACAAAAUAUGCCAUCCAGCUUAGACAAUCUUACUUCACAACUACACAAGCUUCAAAUGACAGAAAAAGAAAACACCAGAGACUUGGGUCAGGAGAUUGAGAAAGAAAUUGAAAAAGAAAAACCACAAAAUAUUGCUCAACCGCAGGUGCCUCGAGUUGGGUCUAGGAAGCGUUUGACAGCAGAUCAGAAAAAACUGUCUCAUUCUGAGCCUGAAAAGCUACACCAGCUGGCAGAUGAACCUUCUCAUAUGACCUGCCGCUCACUUGGAAACGAAGUUGAAGGUCUAGUUGCAGAGAUGGAUCUCAGUCUAGUAGCUUCAAGGAAAAAGAUGUUUGAAAUACGGGGACGUGCUUUCUCUGCCUCCAACUUCUCAAAACCAACUCUGAAGCACCUUCAGCAAAAGGCGUUGGUAGCGUACAUUGAACGUAAAACUGGUCAAAAAGUAGCUGAGCCUCAGCAGCCAGUUCUACAAGUGCCCGGCCACAGAAAUUCAGCUGCAGGAAGGCUGUCUGAUUCAAGUUCGAGAAACUCCAAGAAGCUCCACAGGCCUCUCUCUGCUGGUCGAAUUCUUGACUCUGUAUCAAGUUCUGUUAAAUAUACCCAGUUUCUUCCUGUUCAGCCCAGCAGCCACUCAAGGCAGUCCAGCUCAAGGGAAGAAUCCCAUACGGCAGGGAAGUCGGCCUCUGCGGAGGAUCUCUUGGACGAGCUUAAACAACCUGAGAUUUUCCGGGCUCGCAGCACCUCAAAUCCUCAUGCUUUUCAGGUUCGGAAACAUGCAAAUGAAUUUUCAGCCAUUAGUAACAAGGACAUUUCAAGUGCUCAGAGAAUAGCAGAGGGAGAUACAGCAGUCUGUCACAGUCAUACAGUAUCCGAACCUGAUGACCGGCGGCCACGAAAAAUAGCACCAAGAGGAAAAUCUAUGGAAGAACUCGGUGUGUCUAAGAUCUCAAAGCCUGAAGUUUUCAGCAAGAGCUCGGAGCAGCUUGACCAACUGCAAGGAUCAGCGUCAUUUCUAGCUGCAGGAACCCACGCAAAGAUGUUUAACUCUGGACAACACACGGAUAACUCUCAGACAGACGCUGAGAAGCAUAUAUCAACCUUUUCAGUAAAGCAUGUUUCCUCACACGAGGGUGACAUCUAUAUUGUACCACAUAGCAAUGGAUCUAAAAAUAGAGAUGACACGGUUACGCCCAUGUCCGGUCAUUCCGGUGAAGCUGAUGAGAUCAAUUUGGAAGCUGGAAGCAAAGAGCAAACAUCUCUUCAAGAUGUGAAUAAGAUGUCUGUCUCUAAUCAGGAAGUUUCCUUCAGUCAUGGAAUCACAACAGAUCCCAAUCUAUGGAUUUCAACAACUGACCUAAAUGAGACAAAGACAGACGAUCAGCCAUCUUCUGCAACGACUGUUGUUAAGCCUCAGAUUACACUGCCUAAUUCAUGUAGUAUUAGCGAACCCAUUUCUGCUGAGAUUCAGGAAGCAGAGUCAAUCCAUGAAUUUACAGACAACAGGGAACAAAAUGGGAAUGAAAAGAAGGAAGAUGGACCUCUUGGGAAUGGUUCAAUGCAUGAAUGGGAGUUGCUGGUUCAAGAGGUGGUUUCAGCUGACCAAUCAUUAGCUUGCAGUUUUUACCCGAUAGCCAAUCGAAAGACAGCGCUCAUGCUAAUGGAACAGUUGCUGUCUGAGGAUACACUUCUAAUGGAGGAACACUACAAGAAGAAACAGGAGCAGAAAGUUGUUUGUUCAGAAGAAGCUGCACACAGCACUAAAGCGCCUGUAGAGGACAAACCACUAGACCCAUCUCUGGACAGUGGAGCAGCUCUCCCAAACCAAAAAGUGUGCAACAUAGAAAUGGAUAUCACAGAGAAAAAGAGACAGUUAAUAUCACAUAUAGAGGAGCAUUUGACAUCUCUACAGGAACUUCGCUCCACCCUACACAGUGAGGAUAAGGAGAAUGGGAGACGAGGUGAUGUUAUAGAGACUCUGGUACGCGAGAGCUGUAUGCCCGCUGAGCUGGAGCGCUACACACAGUUUAUAGGAGAUCUGGAGCGGGUGAUCAGUCUGCUCCUCUGUCUGUCAGCUCGUCUAGCCCGGGUACAGAACGCCCUCAGUACUGUGGAUGAUAGCACAGACACCGAAGAAAAACAAUCACUGGACAACCGCCACCGCCUGCUGUGCAAACAGAGGGACGAUGCCAAAGACUUAAAGGACAACCUGGACCGGCGGGAGCGAGUGGUCUCAGCGUUCCUCUCCAAACAGCUGACAGACACACAGCUUCAGGAGUACCGCCGCUUCGUCCAGACCAAGGCCUCUCUGUUGAUUCGUCAGAAGGACCUCGAUGAAAAGCAGCGUUUGGGAGAGGAACAGAUUGAGGCCUUGCUUACCAGUAUACCUCGAUGAGAGGAGGUCCAGUACCUCCAGAGACCCUCUGAGCGAGAGAUCCCCAGAUUCCCAUAAAGCAGCACUGGGGUUAAGGUUAAACCACUCUGACGCUGGGUCUGUAAAGCCUCAAGGUGCCUUUUAAAGUAUGAGCACGCCUUCGACUCAAAUUACAGACGCUACGUUAUCCUGUUUUUUGUGCAGAUCAUAUUAACAGGAUUUUUCAAAUCGUUGAAAGCUUUAAGAUCUGUGGUUUAUAGUGAGCUUAAAUAUGAACUUUGGGGUGUUUGUUUGUAUUUUGGGGUUUUUGUUACUUGCUGAGCACUCUGAAUGCAUGACCAAAAAAAGAAAAAAGCACUUUUGACACUAAAAUGCACAUACUUACUUAUUAGAAACAUUUAAACUAUAUCCUAUUCAGGUCUUAAUCGUUUUCAUUUGGCAAUUGAAUCUGUAACAUAGCCUUACAUCUGCGCUUUUUGUCCAGUGAUUUCAUUUGAUGGUAUCAUGUUAAAUAUAUUUUAAUGAUAAAGUACUGAAUUUUAUAGAUUCUUUUAUAAAGUUGCAUUUGGUAUUAAGCAUUUUAAAUGAUUUGGGGUGUAUUAUAAGUUUAUUUAAGUGCCAUCAUUACACUUUUUGUGUAGUGAGACUAUGAAU